AUGAGUCCGCCCCAGGAACUCGACGCCACGGCUAUUCACCACGAUCCCAAUGUCUACAAUGCCACGACAGACAUGGAGAAAAAAGUCUCUCCUGACGAGUCGCCCCCGGACAAUGACCCCUUUGUUAUGAUUGCUGAAAAUAUCUCUCUGGGAAUUCUAUCUCUUCCCUCCGCUGUUGCGACUCUGGGAAUCGUCCCAGCUCUUUUAAUUAUCCUCGGCAUGUCCGGUAUUUCAUGGUAUACUGGUUAUGUUAUUGGACAGUUCAAGCUGCGUUAUCCUCAGGUUCACAGUAUGGGAGAUGCCGGAGAGCUGCUUCUCGGCCGCAUCGGGCGUGAAAUUUUCGGCAUUGGACAGCUUCUGUUCUUGAUCUUCCUGAUGGCCAGCCAUAUUCUCACCUUCACUGUGCUCUUCAACACCAUCACCAACCACGGGACCUGCACCAUUGUUUUUGGGGUAAUUGGGUUGAUAGUGAGCUUUAUUGGUGCUCUUCCGCGUACUGUGGGCAAGGUGUACAUCAUGUCCAUUGUUUCUUGCACCAGUAUCCUUGUUGCAACCGUGACCACAAUGAUUGCCAUUGGAGUACAAGCUCCUGAUAAUGUGCGGAACGAUAUUACCACCCACGUUCCCUUCAACGAGGCAUUUUUGGCAGUGACCAACAUCAUCUUUGCCUUCAUUGCUCAUGUUGCCUUCUUCGGGUUCAUCUCCGAGAUGAGCGACCCCCGCGAUUUCCCCAAGUCCUUAGCAAUGCUCCAGGUCCUGGAUACUUGCAUGUACAUUGUCACUGCGAUGGUCAUCUACUGCUACGCCGGACCUGAUGUCGCCUCUCCUGCUCUGUCUUCGGCAGGCCCCGUGAUGAAGAAGGUCGCCUAUGGCUUGGCUAUCCCAACCGUCGUCAUCGCUGGUGUCGUCUUUGGACACGUCGCUUGUAAAUAUAUUUAUGUCCGCAUUUUCCGUGGCUCGGCCCACUUGCACCAAAACAGCUUCCUGGCUAUUGGAAGCUGGGUGGCAAUCGCGCUAGCCGUCUGGGUUGUCGCUUGGGUCAUUGCCGAAUCUAUCCCUGUCUUCAACCAACUGCUGAGUCUUAUUAGUUCCCUCUUCGGUAGCUGGUUUAGCUACGGUCUGCCUGCCAUUUUCUGGCUUGUUAUGAACAAAGGGCAAUGGUUUUCCUCACCCAAUAAGAUCUUCCUUACUAUUGUGAACAUUUUUAUUCUGGGUAUUGCAAUUGCGAUUUGCGGUCUGGGUCUUUACGUUUCCGGAAAGGCAAUUCACGACAGCUCGUCCAACAACAGCUGGACGUGUUCCAAUAAUGCCGUAUAA